AUGAAUAACGAUUUCCCUGCACUCGAUUGUCCAGCAGUCGUUAAUGAUUUGGCUCAUCGUCUGGGCUCUCUACCCCAUUUCCUGGACGCUAUCAAUGACGUUAUGAAAUUCGGUCGGUUGGAAGACCACGAAUUACAGCACUACAGUCGAAAGAUCAUUGCUCUGACAGAGAACGCGCGGAUAACUCUCAGACGCGAGGGCGUGGCCUUGUACAUUUUUGUUCUGUGUUCAGAAGAACUCUUGCCCUACAAGUCGGCAUACUUCAAAUUGCUUCUUUGGAUCAGGCGCCGCAGGCCUGCGUUUCCUGCCGAUAUGGGGGAUCGAAUCACUUCGCUCUUGUUCGUUUUGGAGAGCAACUUUGUCAUACGGUGUGGGGGAGUCGACACUCGUGCCCAACUGGGCAUCGAGGAGUUACUAGUGCCGAAGAACCCACUGGCCGCUCGUGAAAGGACCAUCCAGACUGCAGUGAAUGCUGCCGCUGGAUCUCCGACACGGGAAUCAUUCGCAGCGUCCAAUGUUAUGUUAGCACCGGAUGCUUUGGCGAAAAGACAGCAGAGAAUCCACCAGCUUAAAACGAACACCCGUCCAAAAGUGUCUCGUCAAUACCUGCCGAGCGACAACUUCUGGGCGCCUCCUGUCCUUCGAAGGCCAUUCGUUCGAACAAAAGCUCACAGCUUUGAGGCUGAUCCCGAGAGGAAGAAAUCAUCUCUUGAAGAUCUUCUCAAAAUCCGAGAUUUUGACCUGGAUUGA